AAAACACUGUUCAGUCACGAAUGAUAGUUAGAGGCUUAAACCCGGCGAGCCAAAACACUACACCUCUGUGAAGGCCACACAGCUUCACCAGACGAAGAUGCUCCGGCGAACGUUCACAAAGCGCUUUUCUAACCCCACAGCUCUCAAUUUUCUACUCCGUUUCAGUCAACAUAGGGAAUUGCAUAGCAGAAAUCGGAAAGCUAUGGAGUUUAUUGCCAAAGGAUGGAAUGCUUUGAAGGAAGUGGAUAGAGUUAUUGACUAUUGUGAGCUCAAUGAUCGCCGUCUCAUCCCCCAUCUUCGGACAGCGAAGGAAAACUUUGAAUUGGCUCUUGAAGUUGAUAAUUCAAAUACCCAUGCUAGGUAUUGGUUGUCAAGAUUGCAUUUGAAGUAUCAUGUCCCAGGAGCAUGUAAAGCUGUAGGCGCUGCGUUAUUGGUUGAAGCAGCAGAAAUGGGUGAUGCGGAUGCACAAUAUGAACUUGGUUGUCGUCUGAGAGUUGAGAAUAAAUAUGUACAAUCAGAUCAACAAGCUUUCUAUUUUCUGGAGAAAGCCGUUGACCAGCUGCAUCCAGGUGCACUUUUUCUUCUAGGUGCAGUAUAUCUGACUGGCGACUGCGUGAAAAAGGAUAUUGCAUCAGCGCUAUGGUGUUUCCAUCGUGCUUCAGAGAAGGGUCAUGCUGGUGCAGCUAUAGCGUAUGGAUCUCUUCUUCUCAAAGGUGUCGAAGUACCCGAAUCCCUAACAAAAUUUAGCUUAAAGAAUGGUUCUCCAACCCGAAAAGCUAGAAAAAAUCCAGAUGCUUCGAUGAUGAGUUCAAUCGAGAUGGCUAGAGAACAGUUCAAUGCAGCAGCCAUCUCAGGGUGUGAUCUUGGGCUCAAAUGGUUAAACAGACUCGAAGAGGAAGAAAAGAGUUUGUCAACCGAAUCUGUUUGAAGGUAUCGACUGGCAUUAUUUUUCAUCACUGCAAGCACGCUAGAGCUAGAGCGCAGAAUAUACACGUUUCGGGAUCUAAACCAACCCAAACAAAUUGGUCUUCUUAAUGAAGAGUUUCCCUUUUGUUUUGGUACAUUAAACUUGACGAAGGAUAUGUAUGUUAUGUUACUUUACUAGUGAUUUAUAUUAUAAUCCUCAUUACAGUUAGGCAAAUUAAUUCCUUGAUUCAGCUGUAUUAUGGUAUAUAAUAAGCAUUGGAUAGAUUCUGUUCAUACGAGUUUCUUCUAUAUAAGUUCACAUUGAAGUA